UGGGUUGGCCUCAUAAAUACAGGGACAGUGCUGGUAGCAGCAGCAGUAACACUCGGAAGCUCUUUGUGCGAGAGGACAAUUACAUUCGACUACGUAGAUCUCCAAGGCUGAUAGAAUGGAUACCGGGUGUCACUGUUCAACUAACGGUGACAGGCUUUCAAACCCUAUUCUCUACAACAUCCUGAGCCAAAUGGAUAACAGCCAAUUCAAUCAAACCAGUUUCAAUUACACUUCUGUGCCUCAUAGAUGCAACUGUGAGCUGCGGCGGACUGUGUGCCUGAAAAGGCCAGUUGAGAUUUGUAAAGAAGCUUCAGCAGUUCUGGUUAAGACAAUCCAUUUCAUGAAGAACCUACCUGCUUUCAACCAGCUGCCACCAGACGACCAGUUCUCGCUCCUGAAAAGCUGCUGGGCGCCGCUCUUCAUCCUGGGUCUGGCCCAGGAGCAUGUGGACUUUGAGGUGACUGACACCGCUGCUGACAGCAUGCUGAAAAAGAUUCUGCUCAACCGUCAGGAGAGUCCAGAGACGGAAAGAGAGCAGCCAACCAUCGGGGGUGUCAGCAAACUCAAGUCCUGCCUAAAAAAGUUCUGGAGUUUGGAUCUGAGUCCAAAGGAGUAUGCAUACCUCAAAGGCACCACAAUAUUCAAUCCAGAUGUUCCAGAUAUGAAGGCAGCGCGGUUUGUUGAAGGCUUGCAACAGGAGGCUCAGCACGCCCUCAGUGAGGUGGUCCAGCUCACCCACCCAGGAGACCAGGAGCGCUUUGCUCGAAUCCUGCUCACAGCCUCCACCCUGCAGAGCAUCACACCCAGUCUCAUCACUGAACUCUUCUUCCGGCCUGUGAUCGGCCAGGCCGACCUGCUGGAGCUGCUGGUGGACAUGCUCUUCUGCAGAUAGACGAGCAGGGACUUUGUGCACUGCUCCUGAAAACAGUGGUUAUGUUUUGUUGAGCAGCCUCAGCGAUGUUGCCCUCAGAAAAAGAAGGAAGGGCUCACAGCAAAGCAAAAAAAAACAAAAACUAUGUGAAUAAGUGAACUGGAAAGAAGUCAUUUCUUAUCAUCACACUGACGCUGAGGUCACUUUAGGCAAGAAUUUAUGUGCAAAGACUGAACUGAACCCACUGUUCAUAUGCUGUGUCUUUUUGUUUUGUUGUAUAUAAGAUUUGUCUGCAUUAACAGAACCUGUCAAAUAAAUAUAUAUUUUUGUACAUGAACAUAAA